GUCGAAUAACUUACAAAUAAUCUUUAAUUCUCCUUAGGAGUUUGAACUCACUGAGAAUAUUGAGUAUUAUGAGAAAUGCUGUGUCUAUUAUUCCUCACCAAUUCGAGCAAUCACAGGUUUUAAGUGUGGAAUGGUAGAUUUUGGUUCAACCUUUGAAUAUUUGGAGUGGAAGAUCUAGCUUUUGGAUCAGAGAGGAUCGUAAUUUUAUAAUCAUUUCUAUGCCUGUAUCACUUAUUUAGUAGGAUCUAGAAGUAAAACGAGAGCUUAAAUGCAGUCUUCUUUGAUUCUAAUCAAUAGAGGAUCUUCAAGAGCAAGGCCAAUAUCUGGUAGCUUUUUCUGUAGCUUAAUUUUGAUAUCUUUUACUGAUAUAGAGGCUUUUAGCUUUUCUUAUUUGGAUUACUUGGAUCUCGUGUUACUGAGAAGUGGCCUGGCUUUUCAUGACUAGAUUGUUUCUAAACAAAAAACUCUCCAACAUCUUACUUUGAAACAGGAGAUAUCAGUAUGAUCAGAUUCUUAUCAUACUAGCUAGUCGCAUUUUCUUGAAUAUUAUUAAUUAACUCUAAACCAGAUGAAAAAUGUUGGUUAAUACCGUCAGUAGCCUCUUGGAAUUUAAUUUCUCUUUCUUCGGAAUUUUUACACUUAUAAGGAGGAUUAAAAUUAUUAGAAUUCUCUUGCGGUGCUUAGUUGCUAUUGAUCGACCUGAUAUUGCUAAAAUCCAACAACAUUAUGUCUUUCAUUAAAUAAGACCUUCAUCGUGGUAUUCAGUCUGUGCAGGUUCUGGACUAUAGUGGCUACUUCUAAGUCAUGAUAAUACCACUGCAAUAUCUUGGUGUAGAAUUGAGAGUUUGCAUACCUCUUCCUGUAUCAGUUUCUCCUCUGCAGAAAGUAGGAGACAUUAUAACACAUGCCAAGGGUUUUAUAUCCAUAUCUUCUA